AUGAGUUGGGCCAGCCUCCCACACGCAAUCCGCUGCUUGAUACUCAAGAAGAUCGCUCUACUCCCUGGCCCGGGACACGGUCACCAGCAGCCGAGCUAUAUCAAGCUGCAAAAGGAACUCGCUGGUUACGUGUCGUCCCACGCCCUCACACAGCACAAAAUGUGCGUCUUGCUUGGACGUGCGGUAUUGUCUUCUAGUCUGCAGUGA